AUGCAGCCUGUUGGACUUCAAUCAUUUGUGGGCUUGCAAAGAAUGGCAAGGCGCAUAGCAGUCGAGUUGUUCUCAGAAAUGAUACAGAUUGGCAUCAACCUUGAUGACAUUACCUUCAUUUCUGUUCAAAGUGCUUGCAGUCAUGGAGGGUUGGUUGACGAGGGCCGUAAGUUCUUCAACUCCAUGAGAAAGAUGUAUGAAAUUGAGCCAAAGUUAGAACACUAUGCUUGUCUGUUUGACCUCCUUGGUCGAGCUGGACUGUUAGAUGAAGCAGAGGAGACGGUAGAAAUCCAUGGCGAUGUUGAGAUGGGUGAAAGAGUAGCUAAAAGGCUAGCGGAUAUUGAAUCAAGCGGCUCUAGUGUUCACACGCUUCUAGCCAAUACGUACGCGUCUGCCGACAGAUGGGAAGAUGUAACAAAGGUGAGAAGGAAGAUGAAAGAUCUUGGAGUUAGAAAGAUGCCUGGGAGCAGUUCAAUUGAGAUUGAUGGCAUUGUCCAUGAGACAGAGAUUAAUAUUGUGUUACACAGAUGA